GAAAAAGCUGCGGAUGAGCCUCCGUUCUACCUCCAUUUCACCCCCAAGGUCCACCACCUGACUGUGCUUGGGAAUUUCUCCGAAUUGCUUAUCAGUCAGCUCGUCGCCUCCGAUUUCUACUCGUCUAAUUCACAUCCUCACACAACCAUGUCGGAAACCGCGCCGACAACCGCCGUUGCGCCGGCCGAUCACAAGCGCAAAGAAAGCAGAAGGAUGAUGGAGGCGCAGAAGACUUACGGCCGGGGUAAAUCCAUCCACACCCACAGUGUCAGGGACAAGAAACUGCGCAGCAACCUCAAAGCCGUCGAAGACAAGUUCAAGGAAGCGGCCCUCAAGGCCAAGGAUGCGGAGAUUUUGCUCGAGCACGAUGCCGGUUUCCUCGAGCCGGAAGGAGAGUUGGAAAGGACGUACAAGGUUCGACAGGAUGAGAUCCGCGACAGCGUUGGAAUCGAGACGGCCAAGAAGGGAUUCGAGCUGAAGUUGACCGAAAUGGGACCCUAUCGGGCGGACUACACGAGGAACGGUCGCGAGUUGCUGCUGGCGGGACGGAAAGGGCAUGUUGCAACGAUGGACUGGCGCAAUGGAAAACUGGGAUGCGAGUUGCAGUUGAACGAGACAGUGCGCGAUGCCCGGUGGCUGCACAACAACCAGUACUUUGCGGUGGCGCAGAAGAAGUCCGUCUACAUCUACGACCACAGCGGUGUCGAACUGCACUGUCUCAACAAGCAUCUGGAGCCUCUUUUCCUCGAAUUCCUGCCAUAUCACUUCCUUCUUGCGAGCGCUCAAAUGAGCGGCUACCUCAAAUACACCGAUACCUCGACCGGUCAAAUGGUUGCGGAGCUGCCCACUCGCCUCGGCGCUCCCACCUCCCUCACCCAGAACCCUUGGAAUGCCAUCCUGCAUGUCGGACACCAGAACGGAACCGUGACCCUAUGGUCCCCCAACUCCCAGACUGCUCUCGUGAAGGCGCUGGUCCACCGCGGACCGGUUCGCUCGAUGGCGAUCGACAGACAAGGACGGUACAUGGUAUCCACCGGACAGGACCAGAAAAUGAACGUGUGGGAUAUUCGGAUGUUCCGCGAAGUCCACUCCUACUCCUGCUACCAGCCCGGCGCCUCGGUCUCCAUCAGUGACCGGGGCCUCACGGCCGUCGGCUGGGGCACGCAGGUCAGCGUCUGGCGGGGUCUGUUCGACGCCGCGGCCGCCGACCAAGGCAAGGUGCAGAGCCCGUACAUGGCAUGGGGCGGCGACGGUCAGCGCAUCGAGAACAUGCGCUGGUGUCCGUUCGAGGAUGUUCUGGGUGUGGCUCACGACCAAGGCUUCGCCAGCAUCAUUGUCCCUGGCGCGGGAGAACCCAACUUCGACGCCCUGGAGGCGAACCCGUACGAGAACACGCAGCAGCGCCAGGAGGCGGAAGUCCGCUCCCUGCUGAACAAGUUGAAGCCGGAGAUGAUCUCUCUGGACCCCAACUUCGUCGGAAAGCUGAACACGAUCAGCGACAAGAAGAACCGCGAGGAGCGCGAUCUCGACCGCAAACCCGAGGACCCGAUCGAGAAGCUCAAGAACCGGGGCCGCGGCCGCAACAGCGCCCUGCGCAAGUACCUCCGGAAGAAGGGGCGUCGCAACGUGAUCGACGACACGCGGGUCAAGGCGGAGCUGCUACGCAAGGAGCACGCGGCCCGACACAAGGAGAAGCUACGCUCCGAGCGGGAGAAUCUGGGCCCUGCUCUGGCCCGGUUCGCCAAGCGGGAGAUGUGAGGCGAGUUCGUGCGUGCAUGCGUUUUAUUCUUCUGUUGUUCCGUUGGGACGACGAUCGAGUCGAGCUUUCAGAUACCCUGCUUUAUGGCGCGAGAGGCUUGAGCCUUUCCCGUCUGUCACGAUUCUUCGAGCUGUCUGCAUUUCCAAGGGCGUUGGGGGGGAGGGAACCGGAAUGGGAUAUUAUAAAAGUUGUUAUGAUAGAGAGCCUGAAUCAGC